AUGGUAAUGGUGAUGAUUGAUGAUUGUGGUGGUGAAUAUGAUGAUGUUGGUGGUGAUGACGGUCGUGGUGGUGAUGAGAGUGAUGAUUAUGGUAGUGAGGAGAGUGAUGAUGAUGGUAAUGUUGGUGGUGAUGACGAUGAUGGUGAUAACGAUGAUGAUCCUGCUGAUGAUGAGAGUGGUGGUGAUGAGAGCGAUGAUUAUGAUGGUAAUGAGGGUGGUGGCAAAGAGAGAGAUGAUGAUUAUGGUGGUGAUAAGAGGGACGAUGAUGGUGAUUGUGAUGAUGAUGGUGAUGAUGACGAUGAUGGUGAUUGUGAUGGUGGUGGUGGUGAUUGUGAUGAUGAUGAUAGUUUUGGUAAAUUUUGA